ACGAGCGCCUGGCGCUGCUGCUCGGCUCCAUCGGGCUGCUGGGCGUCGGCAACAACCUGCUGGUGCUGGUCCUCUACUACAAGUUCCCGCGGCUCCGCACGCCCACCCACCUCCUUCUGGCCAACAUCAGCCUCAGCGACCUGCUGGUGUCCCUCUUCGGGGUCACCUUUACCUUCGUGUCCUGCCUGAGGAACGGCUGGGUGUGGGACACCGUGGGCUGCGUGUGGGACGGGUUUAGCAGCAGCCUCUUUGAGAAGAGUUCCAGUCACAAAUGCAUAUGUGAUGCAUUUUGACAUUUACUGCUAAGAUGAAAUGCAGAAAUGAAACCACACAUCCGUUUUAGUAUUCUCAGGUGUGAUUAGAUGUACUUUCUCAUGUUUUUAUGCUACUGACUUACAAGAAAACAAUUAAUAAAGGGUAGCAGUUAACACCUAGGAUCUGCCACCUCAGUGCUUCUGGGAUGAACUGGAACAUCACAAGGAGAGGUUUUAUUACAGCAUAAUCACACCUCAACUGAGUCCUUGACGUAUGUUCAUACGCAGUUCCUUCAUCAGCAGUUGUCACCAGACGCUUUACUUCCUAGGAUGGCGGAGAGUCUCCCCACAGAGUUUGAUGUAGUUAUAAUAGGAACAGGUUUGCCUGAAUCCAUCCUUGCGGCUGCAUGUUCAAGAACUGGUCAGAGGGUUCUGCAUAUUGAUUCAAGAAGUUACUAUGGAGGAAACUGGGCUAGUUUUAGCUUUUCAGGAUUGCUAUCCUGGGUGAAGGAGUAUCAGCAAGACAGUGACAUUGAGGAAGAAAGUACUGUUUCAAGGCAAGGCCUGAUCCCUGAGACAGAAGAAGCCAUCGCUCUUCGCAAGAAGGAUGAAACCAUUCAACACAUAGAAGUUUUUUGUUAUGCCAGUCAGGAUCAGGAUACAGAGGACAAUGUUGAAGAGAUUGGUGCACUGCAGAGAAAUCCUUCCUCAGUGGCAUCUACUACCAUUACUGAACUGGAUUCUGCAUGUUUGCCUGAAGAAAGGCAGUCAUAUUUUACUGACUAUGAAAUGCCUGCUAACCACACUCAGAAAAGUGAUAAGGAGAUUUCACUAGGCAUAACUGAUGUAGAGGAAUCACUGGAGAAAGAAAAGGAUUGUGGAGAUAACACUUGUAUACACACAAUUUUGGGUGGACAUAAAGAUGAAGACAAACAUACAGUAGAAGACAACACUGGUCAAGCAAAAAAAAAUAGGAUUACUUUCUCUCAUAUAGUUAAAGAAGGCAGGAGGUUUAAUAUUGAUUUGGUAUCAAAGCUGCUGUAUUCUCAAGGCUUGCUAAUUGAUCUUUUAAUCAAAUCAAAUGUUAGUCGUUAUGCAGAAUUUAAAAAUGUCACUAGGAUUCUUGCAUUUAGGGAAGGAAAGGUAGAACAGGUGCCUUGUUCCAGAGCAGAUGUCUUUAAUAGCAAAGAACUCACUAUGGUUGAAAAGAGGAUGCUAAUGAAAUUUCUCACAUUUUGUUUAGACUAUGAACAACACCCUGAUGAAUACCAAGGUUUCAGGCAGUGUUCAUUUUCAGAGUACUUAAAAACUAAAAAAUUAACUCCCAACCUCCAGCAUUUUAUACUGCACUCAAUUGCAAUGACAGAAUCAUCUUGCACUAUAAUUGAUGGCCUUAAAGCAACAAAAAAAUUCCUUCAGUGUCUUGGACGUUUUGGCAACACGCCCUUUUUAUUUCCUGUGUAUGGCCAAGGAGAAAUUCCCCAGUGUUUCUGCAGGAUGUGUGCAGUUUUUGGUGGAAUCUAUUGUCUUCGCCAUAAAAUACAGUGCUUUGUAGUUGACAAAGAAUCUGGAAGAUGUAAAGCAAUUAUAGAUCACUUUGGUCAGAGAAUAAAUGCUAAGUAUUUUAUUGUGGAAGAUAGUUACCUUUCUGAGGAAACAUGCUCAAAUGUGCAUUAUAAGCAGAUCUCUAGGGCAGUGCUCAUUACAGAUCAGUCUGUACUGAAGGCAGAUUCAGAUCAGCAGAUUUCCAUCUUGCUGGUGCCUCCAGCAGAACCAGGAGCUUGUGCUGUUCGGGUCACAGAAUUAUGUUCUUCAACCAUGACAUGCAUGAAAGACACUUACCUGGUACAUCUGACCUGCUCAUCUUCUAAAACAGCAAGAGAGGACUUAGAAUCAGUGGUGAAUAAAUUAUUCACCCCAUAUGCUGAAACAGAAACCAACAAGGAAGAACCUACAAAGCCAAGACUCUUAUGGGCUCUUUAUUUUAAUAUGAGAGAUUCGUCGGGAAUCAGCAGAAGCUCAUAUAAUGGUUUACCUUCCAACGUUUAUGUCUGCUCUGGACCUGACGGUGGACUGGGAAAUGAGCAUGCGGUCAAGCAAGCUGAAACACUUUUCCAGGAGAUCUUUCCAAGUGAAGAAUUCUGCCCCCCACCUCCAAAUCCAGAAGACAUUAUCUUUGAUGGUGAUGAUAAGCAACCAGAGGUUCCUGGAACUAAUAAUAUCAUAAUGGCCACAAUAGACUCCUCUGAGGAAAGUAAAAACCUGGAAAGCCCAGAGAAGCACCUUCCACAUUAGAAAAGAGCAAACUGGAAAUGUUACUUUGGGCCUUCUUCCUGGCAUCAGAAUAUUCUCAUUUGAAGGACGGUUUUCCAUAUGAGUAACUAGAAGUGGUUAUAUGAUGAAUGCUAUGCAGAUUUGCCUUUAACUCUCUUUGAGACAUUCAGCAUUUGAAUGUCUUUGUUAACCUAUAGGUAACUUAUGUAUUGGUUAUUGGACUUUUUGUUUCAGAAUGGGCUUCAUGAUCCAGAAUCUUAAAGCAGAGUUAACUUUAUUUUAGUAUUGGGUAUGCGUGUGAGGGUUCCAUAUUAGAAACUCAGCUGAAAGGAAGGUAAUGUUGUAUUUGCUAAUGAUCUUCAGAUUUUAUCAAAGGAAUAUUUUAAUUGCUUUUGCAGCUGUUAUAGUUCCUACUACCUGUUUGAAUUCUGAAACACACACAUAUAAAUUAUGUGGGUGUUUUGUAUAUAACAAAAACAUGUAGACUUAUGGCCAGAAUAGCAACUAAUGCAAGAUCAAAUAGAUUUGUUUAUAACUGUUAAAUGAUUAUCUUUGCAUGAUCCUUUAUUUUUUGAAGGUCUGAUGUUUAUAGUACAUUCUGCAGAAUAAUUAAUCUACUUGCCCCUUUUAACUAUUGAGGCAGUGACACCAUUAUAAUCUUUUACUUUACAAAAAAAAUUAGAGUUCAAUUAGUAGAGAGCUCAUUUUAAAGAGAUUUGUUUCAAAGACUAUUUAGGGGAUAAGUUUUGUUGUUCUGGUUUAAUACUUGAGAAAAUUUCUGCAGACCCUCCUCUGGCACCUAAAAGAAAAUAACUUACAAUGAGGAAAAAUAAAGUGCCACUGGAAAAGAUACUUCUGUCCUGAAAUUCCUAAGGAGAAACUGAGUGAGGCAUUUUUAACCUGGGAUUACAGAUGGUUUUCAAAUCCUCUGUAGAUUACCCAAGGUUUCUCAGUGAAGAUGAAAUGUUCCUCGUUGUUGGCUCUACCACUUUAAUUAGCAACAGUAACCACAACUGAUAGGAGUGAAUCAGAGGAAGAUUUACCAUGCCCCUUCAGUUGUGUCCCACCCCUCAAAUAGUGAGGCAACAACCUUCAUAAUCACUUCUGCCUAUUGGAUCUUAUCUAGAUCAUAGAAAUGUUUCUUCUCCCAGAACCACUAGAAGGCGUAAAAUUGUUUGAACUCUAGUGUUGAAAACCUGGGAGCUGUCAGAAGAGAUGAGUGUCCUUCUCUGCUAGCCGGUUUCCAAUCCACAGGCAGAGGAUGAUGAUACCAUAGGAAGCAGGCCCCUUUCCUGACAAUUUUUGCUUUGAAACAGAGCAUUGUGCUUUCUCACUGCAGUUUUACAACAACCGUGUGAGGCAGAUAUUGCAUACAGUUUCAAAGAGGAAAUAAAAACUGACUUGUAAUUUGCUCAGUCUGGUAUUUGGAAGAGCCAGCAUUGAAACCCAAGCUUUCAUGAUUCUAUAACCUUUGAUCUUUCUACUAAUGUUCACUGUUAGAAGAGUGUAGACACUGUAGGAGAAGCAAAAGGUGCCCAUGAAAGUCAGUUUAGUAUUGCUGGGGAAGAAAAGCAGACAGACACUGGUCUUAUAGCUUAUUUUUGAAUCUGAGAAAUGUGAAGAUUAAGAUUGAUUAAAAAUAGAUGUAUUUUAGAGCAUUAAUCUCAUUGAAGCGGAAUUUGGCUAAGCUUUCACAAAGUAAUGCUCAUCAGUAACCUAUCUUUUGAUCUGAAGAUUAUGUUAUAAAAAUACGGAUGUUAGUAGGUCAAAAUGUGUUCUGAAUACAGUCUUUGUUCCUCUUCUAUAUGUGAGAAAAAUGAGACAGAUUUAAGUGAUUGAUAGCUUGCUUAAAAUAGAAAAGUCAUGGACAGGAUCCUAAAGUUGAAAUCUAUCAAAACGACUGAAUUGCCUGAAAUAGACAUAUGAAAUAGUAACUAAAAUGAAAAGACUUUAAGAUGAUAAAUAAAAUGGAAGUAAAGUUAGGUCAGAUCUAUUGAAAUCUGUUUUCUGGUAUCACAGAUUAUUCAUAAGAAAUUGAGGAAAGGGACAAUGAGAAGUCGCAAAAGAUAGUAUAGUUAAAUAUAAUGGAAAUGGGAAAAAAGUGUUAAGACUGCUCCAAAAUAAGGGUUGUUUUAAAGACUAACAAAAUGCCUUUCUUAAAUGAAUAUAAAAUAAGAGGGCAAUGAGAAACUAUAAUCAAUAAAAAAGCAUUUUCAAUUUUAGGGAUUAUUGUAACCCAGUAUAAUGUUCUGACAAGUUGGAAUUUGACCGUAAUGGGCUUAUUGGUGAACUUUUUAAAACAUUUAAAGAAUACAAUGAUAUCUAUGUACCAUGAAAGACAAUAUGCUUUCAGUUGCAUUUUGAGGCAAAUAUGACCUCAGUACUAAAAGUCAAGCAUUUUAAAAAGGGUCUCAUUCAGCCGGGCUCGGUGGCUCAGUCUGUAAUCCUGCGCUUUGGGAG